GAGUCACACCUCAUGGUUUUAUGUAAUAAAUGAUCUUGGCACAGAAGACACUUAAAGAAUGAUGGCUUCAUUCCAGCGCUCUAAUAGUCAUGACAAAGUAAGGAGAAUAGUUGCAGAGGAGGGUCGGACAGCAAGAAAUCUGAUAGCUUGGAGUGUUCCACUGGAAAGCAAAGAUGAUGAUGGAAAACCUAAAUGUCAAGCUGGUGGAAAAUCUAAGAGGACAAUUCAAAGCACUCAUAAAACUGCUAAGCAGAAUACUGCAGUAGAAUGUAAAAUAACAUCUGUAGUUGGAGAUAAAAACUUUGAUAAAAGUCCCACUAAAACUAGACACCCUCGGAAAAUUGAUCUAAGAGCUCGAUAUUGGGCAUUUCUUUUUGACAAUCUUCGCCGGGCAGUUGAUGAAAUCUAUGAGACUUGUGAAUCAGAUCAGAGUGUGGUGGAAUGUAAGGAGGUGUUAAUGAUGCUGGAUAACUAUGUGAGAGAUUUCAAAGCACUGAUUGACUGGAUCCAACUUCAGGAGAAGCUAGAGAAGACAGAUGCUCAAAGCAGACCAACAUCACUUGCAUGGGAAGUAAAGAAGAUGUCUCCAGGGCGUCAUGUGAUUCCAAGUCCAUCAACAGAUAGAAUAAAUGUAGCUUCAAAUGCUCGAAGAAGCUUAAAUUUUGGGGGUUCACCUGGCACAGUGGUUGCUCCAUGUCUGGCUCCUGCAGGUGUCAGCUGGGCUGACAAGGUGAAGGCUCAUCACACAGGCUCUGCUUCUUCAGACACAGCCCCUGCUCCACUGUGUCCACCCAUGGUUGUGCAGAAGGUGUCUCGCAGAAAUGAACGGAGGGAUGCUGAAGGAUGGGAGACUGUACAGAGAGGAAGGCCUGUCCGUUCUCGAUCAACAGCAGUGGUGCCAAAAGUGUCCUUAGUGCCAGAAGCCUUAAAGUUGAAGGAUGACACCAAUAAGGAAAAUUUAUGUCUUUUAUCUGAGGAAAGUAUACAGAAAGGUGACUUUUUUGGCGAUAGAUCUUCUAACAUUGUAGAACCUCGGCCCAGAGACUCAUUCCACUCUUCAGACCAUCCUCUUGCUGAGAGAACCCAGUUCACAGUGAAUAUGUUGGAUGAUGUCAAGAAUUCUGGUAGUAGUCAAGAUUGUUCUGUGCAAACUUAUGAAAUACCUGAUGUUCACAUCAGUGAAGAGUGUGUCUCAGUCACUCAGCAAGCUGACAUACCUCCUUUACGAACAAAUGAAGAAAACAUUGCAGCAGAGAAAGAAAGGAUAGAAAGUGAAAUGGACCCUUCAGAUAUAUCAAAUGUGAGUGCUGCUCACUUGUCCAUGGCAGAAGUCCUUGCUAAAAAAGAAGAGCUAGCAGAUCGUCUAGAAAAGGCCAACGAAGAGGCCAUUGCUAGUGCUAUUGCUGAAGAAGAACAGUUAACUAGGGAAAUAGAAGCCGAAGAAAACAAUGACAUUAACAUUGAAACUGAUAACGACAGUGAUUUUUCUGCCAGUAUGGGCAGUGGGAGUGUAUCUUUCUGUGGCAUGUCUAUGGACUGGAAUGAUGUUCUUGCAGAUUAUGAAGCUCGUGAAUCUUGGCGCCAAAAUACCUCCUGGGGGGACAUUGUAGAAGAGGAACCUGCUAGACCUCCAGGGCAUGCAAUUCACAUGCAUGAAAAACUUUCCUCACCAUCUCGUAAAAGAACAAUUGCAGAAUCUAAGAAGAAACAUGAAGAAAAACAAAUGAAAGCACAACAGUUAAGGGAAAAGCUCCGUGAGGAGAAGACUUUAAAGCUGCAGAAACUUCUGGAAAGGGAGAAGGAUGUCCGGAAGUGGAAGGAAGAAUUACUAGAUCAGCGGCGUAGGAUGAUGGAAGAGAAAUUACUUCAUGCUGAAUUUAAACGAGAGGUGCAAUUACAAGCAAUUGUGAAAAAAGCUCAAGAGGAAGAAGCUAAGGUAAAUGAAAUUGCCUUUAUAAAUACCUUGGAAGCCCAGAAUAAACGGCAUGAUGUUUUAUCAAAAUUGAAGGAAUAUGAGCAGAGACUUAAUGAAUUACAGGAAGAGCGGCAGAGGAGACAAGUAGAAAAGCAAGCACGUGAUGAAGCUGUGCAGGAACGUAAGAGGGCUCUAGAAGCAGAGCGUCAGGCCCGUGUAGAAGAAUUGUUGAUGAAGAGGAAAGAGCAAGAAGCCCGGAUUGAACAGCAGAGGCAAGAGAAGGAAAAAGCCCGUGAGGAUGCAGCUCGGGAGAGAGCAAGAGACAGGGAAGAACGACUGGCAGCACUCACAGCUGCUCAGCAAGAAGCUAUGGAAGAGCUACAGAAAAAAAUUCAGCUCAAGCAUGAUGAAAGCAUUCGAAGGCACAUGGAGCAAAUUGAACAAAGAAAAGAAAAAGCUGCUGAGUUAAGCAGUGGGCGACAUGCAAAUACUGAUUAUGCUCCCAAGCUGACCCCUUAUGAAAGAAAGAAGCAGUGUUCUCUCUGCAGUGCCAUGAUCUCUUCAGAGGUGUAUCUUUUUAGCCAUAUUAAGGGGAAAAAACACCAGCAAGCAGUGAGAGAGAAUAGCAGUAUCCAAGGACGUGAGCUUUCAGAUGAAGAAGUGGAGCAUCUUUCUUUAAAGAAGUAUAUUGUUGACAUUGUGGUUGAAAGUUCAGCUCCCUUGGAGUCUGUGAAAGAUGGAGAAGAGAGGCAAAAAAAUAAAAAAAAGGCCAAAAGGAUAAAAGCUCGGAUGAACUCCAGGGCGAAGGAGUAUGAGAGUUUAAUGGAAACAAAAAAUUCUGGCUCUGAUUCACCUUAUAAAGCAAAGCUUCAACGAUUAGCCAAAGAUCUUCUGAAACAACUGCAAGUACAAGACAGUGGCUCAUGGUUAAACAACAAGGUUUCAGCUUUGGACCGGACCCUGGGUGAGAUUGCUAGAAUAUUGGAAAAAGAGAAUGUGGCAGAUCAGAUUGCAUUUCAAGUUGCUGGUGGAUUAACAGCCCUUGAACACAUCUUGCAAGUAGUAGUUCCAGCUACCAACGUGAACACAGUUUCACGAAUUCCUCCUAAGUCCCUCUGCAAUGCAAUCAGCGUUUACUACCUCACCUGCAGCAAGUGUUCAGAAAACUGCACUGAUGUUCUGUUUAGUAACAAGAUUACCUUCUUAAUGGACCUUCUGACAUACCAGUUGACGGUUUAUGUUCCAGAUGAAAAUAAUGCUAUUUUGGGAAGAAAUACAAAUAAACAAGUUUAUGAAGGCCUGACAACUGGACUUCUCAAAGUCAUUGCUGCGGUUUUUGGCUGCCUGAUUGCUAAUCGACCAGAUGGAAACAGCUGGCCAGACACACCAAAAAUAUCAACACAGGAAAUGAAAAACAAACCCUCACAAGGUGAUGCUUUUAACAGUCGAGUUCAGGACCUUAUCAGCUAUGUGGUGAGCAUGGGCCUAAUUGACAAGCUGUGUGGCUGCUUCCUUUCGGUACAAGGCCCGGUGGAUGAGAACCCCAAGAUGGCCACGUUUUUGCAGCAUGCUGCAGGACUCCUCCAUGGGAUGUGCACACUCUGCUUUGCUGUCACCAGAAGGUCAUAUAGUAUAUUUGACAAUAAUCGCCAGGACCCCACGGGACUGACAACUGCUCUUCAGGCCACAGACCUGGCUGGAGUUCUGCACAUGCUCUACUGCGUCCUCUUCCAUGGUACCAUCUUGGACCCCAGCUCGGCCAGUCCUAAGGAGAGCUACACUCAGAACACUGUCCAAGUCGCCAUUCAGAGUUUGCGUUUCUUCAAUAGCUUUGCAGUGCUGGAUCUGCCGGCUUUUCAGUCUAUUGUAGGGGCAGAGGGCUUGUCCCUUGCAUUCCGGCACAUGGCCAGCUCCCUGCUGGGCCACUGCAGCCAUGUAUCCUGUGAAAGCCUCCUUCAUGAGGUCAUCGUCUGUGUGGGCUACUUCACUGUCAACCACCCAGAUAACCAGGUGAUCGUGCAGUCAGGCCGCCACCCCACGGUGCUGCAGAAGCUGUGCCAGCUGCCCUUCCAGUACUUCAGUGACCCGAGGCUCAUCAAAGUACUGUUCCCUUCAUUGAUCGCUGCCUGCUACAACAACCUCCAGAACAAGGUCAUCCUGGAGCAGGAGAUGAGCUGCGUCCUCCUGGCCUCGUUCAUCCAGGACUUCGCACAGACACCGAGCCAGGCGGAGCCCCAGCUGCACCAGCCCAGAGGAAGAUGCCUUGGUCCCCAAGACUAUCUUGAGCUGGCUAACAGAUUUCCUCAGCAGGCCUGGGAAGAAGCGAGGCAGUUUUUCUUGAAAAAAGAAAAAAAUUAAGUGUGCUAGCUGCUCUGAAUUUGAGCACCUUUGUUAAUAUGUCCACUGUCCCUUAUGACACCCGCUGGCCUUGUUUAUACCCCCAAUGUUGAUAUGGAAUAUACUUCGCACUAUUUAUAAUGACUGUAGAUACUUCAAUGUCCUUCAUAAUUUUGCAAGUUGAAUUUAUUUCACUCAUGAACAGUAUUUUGGAGUUUGUUAACUUCCACCUUAUGGCAAUAUAUAAUUUGCAUUUGUAAUACCGGAAAAAUUAGAAA